AUAGAAUAUCUUUUUAUCAAGAUGCAGUUGUUAUAUUUUAAAGAAUUUCUGUAUUUGAUUUCAUGCGAUAAACAACUAAAUAUUGUACACUUCAGCUUUUAAGAAAGAUAAAGAUUUAGAAUAGAUAAAAAAUAUUUAUUCCAGAAUGGCAGACAGAUCGUUAAAAGACGGUUCGGAUGCACAUUAUGAAUUCACGUGUACACCUUGCAGCAAAGACAAUAUCCGAGAAGAGGCUGACAAGUAUUGCCCUGAGUGUCAAGAAUAUCUGUGUAAAACAUGUACAAGAUACCAUAGUCGACUCAAGGCUUUACAGCAACAUAAACUGCUGGAUAAAAGUGAUGCUAAACAAGGUGUUGUUGUUUCCAGGAUUAAAUGUCUUUUCCAUCCAGACAGAGAAAUUGAAAUGUACUGCCUUACACAUGAUAUGGUGUACUGUCUCCUGUGUAUUGCAACAGAACAUAGGUCUUGUGACGGAGUAAACACAAUUGAAGAUGUGUCAAAACAAUGUGUCACUCAAGCGGAGAUUCAAUCGCUAUUACAUGGGACACAAACUGUACAAGACAAGGUGAAGUCACUUACAGUUAAACAGAAACAAAAUGUAACUGCAAUAGAGAAAGAGAAGGAAGCUAUUGAAGGGAAACUAGAUGAUACAGUGACAAAACUUAUGGAACAUAUUAGAACAUUUGAAAGAGAGACAGCAAAAUGUUUAAAUGAUAAAUACUCUACAUUGAAGGAAGAACUCGUAUCUGCUACCAUUGUAUCAAGUCGCACAGCUGAAAACUUAAAACAAACCAAGGAACAACUGCAUACAAUUGACAGUCUUGACUUAGAGCAGCAAUUUGUCCGAAUGAAAUUGAUGAAGAAAACAGUCCAAGAUGCAAACACUUUUAUAACAGAAGGUGAGGCAGAAGGUACAAAAUUUAUCGUUUUUACUGUAAAUAAAGAGUUGACGGACAUCAUCACAAAAACAAAUUCUAUAGGUGAAGUGACAACUGGAAUUGUCCAUGAGCAGAAAUUGAAACAGAGGCAGUACAAAAUAAAGUCAACGAAAGAGAUCAAUGUGAAGCUGAGUAAUGACAAAUUGGAAGGUUACAUAUCUGAUAUCUGCAGACUUCCUGAUGGUACGAUCCUUCUGACUGAUUGUUACAAUAACAAAGUGAAAAGACUCAACACUAAUGAUAGUGUAGAAAACGUCUAUGAUUUUGAUACAAGAACUACAGGUAUAUGUAGUGUUAGUAACAGUGAAGUGGCUGUGAAAUUAAACAACAAUAAAAUUCAAAUAUUUUCCGUUGGCUCAUCUCUGUCCAAAGGAAGGACAAUAGAUAUACAACACGGUGGACAGUUAGGAUUAACAAUGUUUUGUGGUGAUCUAUGGUCAUCAGCCUCAAAUGAUGUUAAUGUAUACAGUACUUCAUCUAAUCUUGUUAAAUCUAUUGUCAAUGAUCAAAACGGGAAGUCUAUAUUUAAAUCCUGUGUUCAGAAUAUAGCUGCCGAUCCUGACAAAGUGAUCGUGACAGAUUGCUCUGAUGGAGCUGUUUGCCUUAACAAGGAUGGUAUGGUCAUUAGAGAGCUGAGAGACAGUAGAUUGAAGUAUACCGCAGGUGUAUGUGUAGCCGAUGACGGAACGGUAUUUCUAUGCGGAUUCGCAUCUAACAACAUCGUUAUGUUCGAUAGUGAUGGUAAUAGUCUCGGAGAACUGAUUGGGAAAGACUCUGGCUUGAAAAAACCAGUCAGUAUGUGCUUCGACGGGACAAAAAAUAGGUUAAUUGUUGGAUUGCUCAACAAAGACACCCUAUUUGUAUUUGAAUUUGCUUAAGAUAGAUCGCAAAACUUUAAACUUCUAACCGGUAAAUUCCUUAAAAGAAAUUUCUGCUGGAUUGAGAUGUUUUACAAUCUUAAGAAAUAAAUCUAAUGUAUUUAUUGGCUAUAGAUGCGAAAUAACUAUCAAUAUUGUUUAGUACUUAGUUUAUAUUGAUGUUUUCAAUAAACUGACAAACUCGUGUCAUAAAAUCAAUAUGUGAAUUAUUUAAAAUGUUAUUUGCAUGCAACAUUGUUAUAGUCUUUCGAUACUCAUGCGUUAGUCCUAAACGCUGUUUAGAAAAUAGAAACGUUAAUUGAAAAUAUGUUUUAUAACUUUUGUAGAACAAUCUUUUUAACUCUAUUAUAUCAUUCUUCUAUAAACAAGAUAUAAUGCCUGUCAGUUAUACAUGAUAUGAUAUAAAAUCUUUCUCAAAUUGUGUCAUUUGUUGCAAUUAAAUUAAAAAUUAGAACUCUGUAAGGGAUAGACUUUGAGAAAUUUUUGAAGAUGAUGCAAAAGGAACAUGUAUUAUUCUUAAACGUUUUAUGCUUUAACUGAACAUGUAUUAAAUUUACAUGUGUAUAUGCAGAUUGAUUUUGUGUGAUGAAUGUAAGAAAAUUUUAGUAAUCAUGAUGUUAAGUUAGAUUGUUAUGUAAAUAUGUUCGAAAAGUCGGAACAUUACUGUAGGUUGGAAAUUUUAUCUUCGUUUAUAUUCACGAAAGGAAUACAAUAAUUUUAUAUACAUUUUGUCAAAUUCAAAAAUGAUACUUACAAUAACAUGCUAUAAACAUAUUUGCCAUUUUUUAAAUUCAAGAAAAAUACUUGUACAACUCGUAUUUGACAAGAAUUAUCAUGAGUAAUAAUCAAGUAAUGAAUGAAAUCAUACCAUUUUUCCAAGAACAACAAUAAUUACAAUUAACGUAUCAACUAUGAAAAAAAUAAGAUGUGUCAUGCCUACGUAUUAUGUAGUUAAUGUUUAUAUGCUAUCUGAUAGUAAGAAUAUAAAUUGUAUGUAUACAAUUUCAUGUUUAAUAAAGUAUAUGUAUGUAUGCGUGCAUGUGUGUGUGUGCUAAAUGAAGUGGUAGAAGUUACCUAGUAUGCAUAAUUAGUUUUGUUUUCAUUAUUUUCUUGAUAAUGAAUUGUUAUAUGUUCGUUUUACAGUCCAAACAAACUGUAAACCUUCUUGAAAUAAAAACAAUCAUAAAAAGAGCCGUGAUCGAAAAUCAAACUCAGACCGCUAAACCGCAACUGGCAACAGAGAUAUUCACUGUGCCAUGGAGGCAUUUGAAUUUUACGAAUUUGAAAAAAGACAUAUAGGUGUAUUAAACACGCCUUAUUUAAAUUCUUUCUUGGUUUCAAGUGACGAAUUAAAAACGUAUCUUUUUAUAUCAAAUAUGUUUACAUUCUUUUUGAAUAGUUAAAUAUUUUGAUCUUCAAUACAAUAUAUGUCAAAACAUUUUUUUUAAAACAAAAUAGAGAGUGAGAUAGUUAGAACAAGCGGAUUUCUCUGAAAGAGUGGCAAUAUUAAUUGUUUUUAGGAGAAAUUCAAAUUUAACUAGAACGGUGGUUAAGGUGAAAACAAAAAAGGGGUUAUCAUUGACAUUAACAGCUCACCUAUAUGCCAUAGAAAAAGUGAUAAUUUCUUUGAUGUAGAUGCAAGUGACUAGUCAACAUAUAAGGUCAAACAGACUCACACACAAAGUUGAAGAUUGUAACUUUAGACAAAUGGGACACUUGAAGAACUGAAAGAGUUUCACUAAGCAAUGCAUUUGUCAACUUUGAAAGGUCUUUGCCUUGUGAAUUCUAAGGAGGACGUGUAUCUUUUCAAUUUAACAAUUUAUGCAAUAUCAUUUCUUUUUACCCCAGUGGCAUGAUUUAUUUAUUUUUGUAGAGGUCCACUAGAAAAUGUUACAUGUUAAAUAUAUGGAAAUAAAGUUAACAUGCUUACCAUUUAAAGGAUCAAAUUUUCUUCGACUGAAAUACAAAAAAACUGACUUUAUUUCCAAAUUAUUGACAAAAUGGUACGACAUUUUAUGUAUGUAAUUAAAACUGAUAUUUUGCUGGUGAA